CUUCUGUCCUACUUAACAGAGGAGGAACUCAGGAAGCUGAGAGAAGAAACGAAUGCUGAAACAUUAAGGCAAGAACUAGAAAAGGAACGACAGAGGAGGCUAGAACUAGAACAAAAAGUUAAUGAAGUACUUAAAGCAAGAGCUGAAGAGGUAUCUGCAGCUCAGCAAUCUACAAAGCCCCAGACACAGGCCAAUGGAGCAGAUAAACGUAGUCACACUGUAUGUUCAAGACUCCAGAAGUGGUUUUGUGACAAAUUUGGGGAGUAUGUUGAGGACUUCAGAUUUCAACCGGAGGAGAACACGGUGGAAACAGAGGAGCCACUUAGUGCUAGAAGGUUGACUGAAAAUAUGAGAAGAUUAAAGAGAGGUGCCAAACCCGUUACUAAUUUUGUGAAGAACCUUUCUGCCUUAUCAGACUGGUAUUCUAUCUACACAUCUGCUAUUGCCUUUAUUAUUUACAUGAAUGCUGUAUGGCAUGGCUGGGCCAUUCCUAUGUUCUUAUUUUUAGCAAUUUUGAGGUUGUCCCUAAAUUACCUCAUAGCCAGGGGUUGGAGAAUACAGUGGAGUAUUGUGCCUGAAGUUUCUGAACCUGUGGAACCUCCAAAAGAGGAUCUGACAGUGUCUGAAAAGUUUCAGCUUGUUCUAGAUGUGGCUCAGAAGGCGCAGAAUCUUUUUGGGAAGAUGGCAGACAUACUGGAAAAAAUUAAAAACUUGUUCAUGUGGGUCCAACCAGAAAUAACACAGAAGCUCUACAUCGUUCUAUGGGCAGCUUUUAUUGCAUCCUGCUUUUUGCCCUACAGGAUUAUUGGACUUGCAAUGGGACUCUAUGCUGGAAUCAAGUUUUUCCUUAUUGAUUUCAUCUUCAAACGAUGCCCCAGACUGAGAGCUAAGUAUGAUACUCCUUAUAUCAUCUGGACAAGUCUCCCAACAGAUCCUCAACUCAAAGAAAGAUCUAAUGCUACAGUGUCGAGACGAGCAUCGUUGUAUUACGGUUACCCUAAAAGCUGGAUGCUUCAAACAGCAGCGUCCAGAAGUUACGUGGGCUCAAAUGCCCCAGCUGGAAUAAACAAAGAUGAAGACACGAGUCGCUUCCAUACCACCAAGAGGGGGAAUUUCCAUGAAGUUUUUAACCUGUCAGAAAAUGAGCGUCCUUUGGCAGUGUGUGAAAAUGGCUGGCGUUGUUGCUUGAUCAAUAGAGAUAGGAAGAUGCCUACAGACUACAUCAGAAAUGGAAUUCUUUACGUCACGGAAAAUUACUUGUGCUUUGAAAGCUCCAAAUCAGGCUCAUCUAAAAGAAAUAAAGUUAUAAAGCUAACGGAUAUAACAGAUAUUCAGAAGUAUAAAGUGCUCUCUGUUCUCCCGGGAUCAGGGAUGGGUAUUGCUGUAUCAACACCAUCUACACAAAAACCUUUGGUGUUUGGUGCUAUGGUACACAGAGAUGAAGCUUUUGAGACGAUUUUCAACCAGUAUGUGAAAAUAACCUCUGCAUCAUCGAACAGUGAGAGCUAGUAUCUUAUCUUAGAAGACCUAAAGGAAACUUUCUUAUUUUACAAUUUGGUAGUGAAAAAAAAUAAUGAACAUCCUCAUCUAUUUUGCAAUAAUUUUUCUUGUCUGGUGGUUUAUAUUCUAUCUGUUACAUAAAUCAAGUGUAUUUUAUAUAUGCCUUCAUGUUUGUUUUUAAGGUUUUUGUAAAAAAAAAAAAACAUUAGUAAAAAAACC